AUAGCAUGUGGACACUGCAUAAAAGACAGACACAAAGUUUUAACAGAAACGGGAAACUGUCGCGUGUGCAAGCCUGGCUGAGUUACAAGGACGACAGAUUUUUGCUGGAAGAUAAGGACCUGACUAUUUCAACAGACACACACCUCAGGAUAGUCCGAUUACACCGCAUGGACUCCGGUGCACUGGUUUGAACUCUUACUUGCUUCACUGACUUGGCUCAGGACACCGAGAGGACGUUAGAGAGAGAGAGAGAGAGGGUUCACCAAACGGUUUUAUCUCCAGCUGUCUCCAAUAGAACAACAGUUCUCUUCUGUCCCACAACUGCACUGCACUGGUCCUGGUUGACUUCCUGACUUGUGGCCAUGGAGGACUCGGAUCAUUACACAUCACUGCAUGAGUUUACAGAGGAGCUCACACCAAGAGGAGCCUCUGGGGUGAAGAGGGGGGCGGAGUGUCUGCGUGGUCAGACGGGACUGGUGGUUUUCGUUGUCCUCCUGGCAUCUGUGUGUGCCAACAUUGCACUAGCCGUACUAUUGUUCAACAGACCUGCUGUCAGUACAUCUGCAUCCCUAGCACCUGGUCAGGGAAUGGCUGAUCUGUCUCCAGAGUUAAAACUCAAAUCCCUGGAGAUGCGAUACAACAGCCUGUGCAAAGACUACUCAAACCUGGGUGUCACCUGCUCCACGACAGUGAGGCAGUGCAGUCCUUGUCCGGAAGGCUGGCUACAGUUGGCGGAUAAGUGUUAUUACUUCAGCCCUGAUAAGAUGGACUGGGAGAGGAGCCGGGACAGCUGCGACUCAAUGGGCAGCCAUUUAGCCAUCUUAUACAGUCACGAGCAGCACGACUUGCUGGAGGUAGAGGCGAAAAAGCUUGGAGGUUUUGACUACCACUUCUGGAUCGGGCUGUCAGACACUGAGACGGAGGGAGUAUGGAAAUGGGUCGACAACAGGAUUGUCAAUGACACGUACUGGAACGAGUGGGACAAUGAGCCAAACAACCACCAGUCUGGAGGAAUCCAUGGAGAGGACUGUGCAGUCCUGGACUCCCGCUCCAAGUCCUGGUUUGACGUGCCUUGCGACCACAUUUAUAAGCGCAUCUGUCAAAUGGACGCCUUUGACAUUGAUUGAAGCUGACUGAAUGACAAGCGCUCCUGUCUCCGUCCUCCUGACAGAAAAAAAAUGAUACUGUGAUUCUGAUGCUGGCUUUCCCUUUUUUUAUACGUCUAAUAAUAAAAUGCUGAAAAUUCUCUCUUGGAGAGAGAUAAUUAGA